AUGAAAGCAAAUGUGCAAUUUCCACAUGACUGCAAGUUUUACGACUCAUUUCAGGACAAAUGGUUCAACGUUUCUAGCAACAAGAUCACCUUUAAGCCAUUUGUGGAACCAAAGACCGAUCAAGCUGCUUCUAUGACUAAUCAGUGGAUCAUUGAAAGAGUCCUCUCAGUUCGAUGUUCUUCUUCGACAGCUACUGCACCGUUGGCAUCUACUCCGCACAUUUUAAAUGGAUCAUCUGGCUACAAGUUUGACAAUGAACGCUAUGGAAAAAACAUUGUUCUCGUGGAAGGAGUUCGCACUCCAUUUGCUCAAUCAAUGACUGAUUAUGAGCAUUUGAUGUCCUACGAGUUGAUGUCGCACGCUUUGAAAUCACUCCUGAAACGCAUUCCAAUUUCUCCAAGUGAUGUUGAUUACGUAGUUUGUGGAACAAACUUGCAUGAACCAAAGACGCCUAAUGUGGCUAGAGAGGCUGUCCUCGCGGCUGGUCUGCCAAUGAGCGUUCCUGCAAACACAGUGACUAUGGCUUGUGUAUCGGCUAACCAAGCUAUUACAAGUGGCAUAGGAUACAUCAACUCGGGAACUUACGAAGUGGUCAUUGCUGGAGGAGUUGAGACCGCUUCUGACGUACCUAUUCGCCACUCAAAAAAGAUGCGCCAAAUGUUGCUCAAGUUAAACAAGGCAAAAAGUAACAAAGACCGAUUGAACAUACUCAAAAAACUUCGCCCAGAUUAUUUUGCCCCCGAGCUUCCUCAACUUUCUGAGUUUUUUACCGGUCAAAUCAUGGGAGAGGCAAGUGAUCAGAUGUCAGCUUCUUUUAAAGUGUCCCGACGAGAACAAGAUGAGUUUGGUCUCCGUUCGCACACGCUAGCUGAUAAGGCGUUUAAAGAAGGGAAUUUAAGUGAUAUUGAGCCAAUUUUUGUGCCUGGCAAAGGCUUGAUAUCAAAAGACAAUGGUAUUCGUGUGUCUACAUACGAAAAGGUUUCAAAGUUAAAACCAUCCUUCACCAAAGAGUACGGUACCGCUACGCCAGCAAAUUCUAGUUACUUUACAGACGGUGCCACAGCUAUGCUCAUCAUGACUGAAGAGAAAGCCAAAGAACUUUGUCUCAAACCAAAAGCUUAUCUUCGAGAGCACAUUUACGUGUCACUUGAUCUGAGAGAUCAGCUUCUACUAGGUCCUGCAUAUGCAGUUUCCAAGCUACUGAAGAGAGCUAACCUAAAAGUUUCUGAUAUUGAUGUUUGGGAGUUUCAUGAAGCCUUUGCGGGCCAAGUCCUUGCGAAUCUCAAAGGCCUUGAUUCAUCUUAUUUUUGCACCAACUAUCUCGGACAAACUUCUAGAGUGGGAAUGCCAGACAUGAACCGUCUAAACACAUGGGGAGGCUCCCUUUCAAUUGGUCACCCCUUUGGCGCUACUGGAGUUAGAUUGGUUACAACUGCAGCUAACCGGUUGGCCAAAGAAAAUGGACGACUAGCAAUGGUCUCCGCAUGUGCAGGCGGUGGAAUUGGUGUGGGAAUGAUUGUUGAGAGUUAUCCGUAA